AUGGAACCCUUGGAGGCUGCUUGGGGUGGUCCGCCGAACCGCCCGAAGAAAAGCGUUACCGUCUCUGAUGACACCCGACCACUUCCUGCACCGUGGGAGCGUGGGAGAGGGCCUCACCUCAUGCCUCAGUUUUUGGAGCACGCAGCGACCAGACCAUCCAAGGACCCAUGUCCUAGUCGCCACUACCGCCCGCCCCUUGGAAAUAUGUGUGCUGCACUGCGGGUGCGAGUGCAGGCUGCAGAAGGGGGCCUGGCACUGGCUGAUUUGCAGCAAUCCCAUCCCCAACCUCCUGCAAACCGAGCUGAUGGCAUCACCAUGGCCCAUCCCAUGCCGCCCUCUUUGCCGGUUCACAAUUUCCGCCUUCUUGACAGCCAAAGUCAUACAUCGUGCAUGCACUGCCCGUUCAACGGGGGUGCCUGUCUCCCAGCCUUUCCCAUUACCCAGAAUCCCAUAUCGCGUCUCGAUUUGCGAGCUUGGAUGAUGUCCUCGAGCUUUGGGGAGCUGCGCCCACCCGAUCUCGGUCACACAUCUUCUUCCCUCACUCUUCAUGUUGUCGGUGGUCACAUCAAGUGCCUGCGGCUGCACGUUGUCACCCUGGACUCGGCGCUAAACGGAAACCAAACUGCCAUGCUGUGA